UGGAGGUGAUGGGGUGGCAGUGGAGUUUUUGGAGUAUUGCUGUAUUCAAUACAAUUUAAGAAAUGAGAACUUUUAAAACGUUUUCAAUUAUUAUUGAAAAGCCUUAUGUUGCUUUGUAUUGGUUUUAUUUAUUUUUGUUUCACAUUCUGGACAUAAAAAUGUUCUUUUAAAGACAAAAAUAAUUGAAUGUAAACAAAAUUAGAAACUGUUGUAAAACUAAAAGUUCUCUUACAAUAAAAGGACUAAACAUUAGCAUUCCAGGUAUCAGCUGGGAGGAGCUUGUGUCAUCUGUUCGCAGCUGAUAGAGAGGAUUUCACGCUCUGGGCCUCACGGCUUCUACUUCUUCUUCUUCUGGUUACUUCCUGCAUCCGCUCUUCUUCAUUUGCUUCUUCUUGUUCUUGACAGGUUGACUGCUCCUCAUUUCUUCUUCUUCUUCUUCUUCUUCUUGAUGUUCAUUUUCUCACGAAAGCGGCGAUGGCUGCAGUGAAAUCUUGAAAGCAGACGCCAGGACGUCAUGGAGGUCGACGGCAAAACGACCGAGGACCGAGCGGCGCAGUCGGCCGUUCGCGGGAGCCCCCCGGAGGACCGUUCCAAUGGAGAGACGGGCUCGGACUCGAGCGAGGAGAUGGCGGCGCCGGCGGCGUUGUUGACGUCGGACGCGGACGAGGUGGCCACCAAGGCCGUGGCGUCCUCGCCCGACGGCCGAUUCCUCAAGUUCGACAUCGAGAUCGGACGAGGAUCCUUCAAGAACGUCUACAAGGGCCUUGACACCGAGACCACCGUCGAGGUGGCCUGGUGCGAGCUGCAGACCCAGCGGCUGACCCGUGCCCAGCGUCAGCGCUUCGGAGAGGAGGCGGAGAUGCUGAAGGCGCUCCAGCACCCGAACAUCGUCCGUUUCUUCGACUCGUGGAAGUCGGCGCCGAACGGUCGCAAGUGCACCGUCCUGGUGACGGAGCUCAUGACGUCGGGGACCCUCAAGACUUACCUUCGCAGAUUCCGUCCAAUGAAGCUGAAACUGCUUCGGUGUUGGAGCUUCCAGAUCCUCAAAGGUCUUCACUUCCUGCACUCGCGCAGCCCUCCUAUCCUGCACCGGGACCUCAAGUGUGACAACGUCUUCAUCACGGGACCCUCGGCCUCCGUCAAGAUCGGAGACCUAGGCCUGGCCACCCUCAAGAAGGCCUCCUUCGCCAAGAGCGUCAUCGGAACCCCGGAGUUCAUGGCUCCCGAGAUGUACGAGGAGAAGUACGACGAGGCGGUGGACGUGUACGCCUUCGGGAUGUGCAUCCUGGAAAUGGCCACGUCCGAGUACCCGUACUCAGAGUGCGAAAACGCCGCUCAGAUUUACCGCAAGGUCACCAACGGAAUCAAGCCGGACAGUUUGUCCAAGGUCACAGUUCCCGAGCUGAAGGACAUCAUCGAGGGAUGCAUCCACACCAACAGCAGCGAGAGGUUCACAGUUCAGGACCUUCUGGAACAGCGCUUCUUCCAGGGUCAGCUGGGCGUUCACGUGGAGCCGGCCGAGGACGACGACGGCAGCAAGUCGGCGCUCGUGCUGUGGCUGAGGAUGGACGGCCCCAAGAGGCUUCACGGGAAAUACAAAGACAACAACGCCAUCGAGUUCCUCUACGAGCUCCACAACGACGUCCCCGAGGUGGUCGCCCAGGAGAUGGUGGUGCUGGGCUUUGUGUCGGAGGGCGACUACAAGCUGGUGGCGAUGGCCAUCCGAGACGGCGUCACCGCGAUCAAGCGGCAGCGGGUCAAACGGCGCCGAUUGGCCGAAGAGGCCGCCCGCCAACAGGAGAACGCCGCCCAGGAGAGCGAACGCCGCCCGCCCCCGCCUCUCAAGUCAGCCGAUCAGCAACGAGAGAACUCCGAAGCUACCGCCGCUUCCUGGCUGCAAGCCCCGCCCCCUGCCACAGUGACAUCCUCCAGUGGAGGCCAGGUGCAUGACGGAAGCCAAACGAUGGCCACUGCAGCGAAACGCCUGUCGGAAGCCGCUCCGGAAGCUGCUCCGGAAGCCCCGCCCCCUCCUGUCACUUCUCAGCUAAGCGCUUACGCCUCGCCCCUCCGGGCCCGUCUGUCAAAGUCUCCGCCCUUUCCUGUGCUGCGCUACCCCAGGAGCCUCGCGGUGUCGCAACAUGAGCCUACGCAAGCGGUACACGGGGUCUCCUCACCUGCCGACAGCUGCGCAUCGGACGUGACGUCGGGUUUGAGCGACGGCAACGACGGCCAAUCAGACAAGAGCUACCAGGAAGUGACCGAGCGGCAUCCUGACAGGAAGUUGAGGAGGAAAAUGAGGGCACAGCUGAGGCUCACAGGGGUGUCCAACAUGGCCGACCGCGUGGUGGAAUGUCAGCUGAGCACUCAUGACAGCAAGAUGGUGACCUUCAAGUUUGACCUAGACGGUGACAACCCCGAAGACAUCGCCUCCGUGAUGUUGCACAGAGACUUCAUCCUGGCGAGCGAGCGAACAGCAUUCGUCCUGCGCAUGUAUGACAUCAUCGGCAGGGCGGAGUCUAUGAUGAUGCAACAGAAGCAGACCGAGACGGCGGCCGAGCGCUCGUCCAGUACGCCGUCCGGCCCCCCGUUCGAUGAUUUGGCGGAGGCUGAGCAGUCCCCCUCCAAGGAUGUCAAGGCUGAGGCCACGCCCCUCGCCGCACCGCCGCUGUCGCAGUCUUCCUACAAUUCAGCCCCCCCGGCCCCCCACACAGGGGCCCCACCAUCUGCCCGGUAUCCCUCUCAGCCUCUGGCGUACGCUCCCUACACCUCGGCCACCGCCCCCCCUCCUCAGUGGCCGCCCCCCAGCGCCCCUCCGCUCUCCUCCCCCGUGGGCGGGGCUCCUCAGUGGCCACCCCCCGACCAACCUCUCUUCUCUCUGGCCAACAUGAUGUCGCUAGCCAUGAGCAUGGCCAGCUCCUUGCUCCCCGCCCACACCUACCACCCCCCUGGCCCUCCGCCCUUCACGCCGCCCAUCCGGCGUCCAUCCACUGGGACAGGCGCCGCCCAUCGGGAGCAACAGGGGGCGUCGGUCAGCUUCAGCCCCACAGAGCUAAGUUACCCCUCAACCCUGCCCCCUCAUGGUUCUGCCCCACCCCCGAUCCUGCUAGCCCCUCCUCUUCAACACACGCGCAGUCCGCCGUCACACCUUCAACCGGACCGGCGGCCAAAUGUGACGACGGCGCGCUCCCCGCCCCCGUCUCAGAUGAGCCAAUCGGAGAGCUCCGAGAGCGUCUCAGAGGAAGAGAGCCAAUCAGAGAGCAGUUGCUCUGGCGACGCGGGUGGACGGCCGGAUGAGCGGAGGAGGAGGGGCGGGCGCAAGGUGACCACCGGCGCGUGGGAGGGGACGUCCGGCGGCCAGUCGCGGAGCCGCUCUUACGUCACGUCCGACGAAUCGGACGACGACGACGACACGUGGGACGAGCUGAAGGAGAUUCGGGAAAGACACCUGCUGGAGGUGCGCCGCCUGCAGGCCAAUCAGAAGCGAGAGAUGGACGAGCUGUGCCAAAGGAUGGGUAAAGGCCCGCCCCUCGGCGCUGUCGCCCCCGCCGCCAUGUUGAACCAACGUCGCCUCCAUAGGCCUGAUGUGCUGCCCCCCACAGGUAUCAUGAGAAAGCGUUCCCUGGAGAGGCCGAGCAGAGUGUCGUUUGUCCCGGGACACACGUAUGUGGUGAGCCAUCGGCAGCGUUCUUCUUCCUCUUCUUCGUCUGUGGUUUGCUUUGUUGACGUGACCUUUGACCUAACAGCCUGACACCAACCUGAGUGUUGAAGAUGAAGAUACAUGACGAUGAUCCUCACUGCUUUGAUUCUGGAAGAUUCGCCUUCUGUGAGCGCUCGCGGCUGAUCAAAACAUAGCUAGCUAGUUAGUUAGCCACACGGUCGAUGCUAACCCGCUAAUGUAGCUAGCCCCGCUAACAACGCUAGCAGCUUCCAGCUGACAACGCUGUGUGUCGUUUAAAGGCUCGGGCCUUUUAACAAAAAACCACAGGAACCGAGAGGGGACGCCACGACCCUUCGGAACGUCUCGGCAGCCUUUCGGAUCGCGGAAUUUCGGCUUAAGCUCGUAAAGUAGAUUCAGCUCCGUUAAAGACAGCUGUUAGCUCCCUCGCCAAGAUGACCGACGAAGAGAGCGCGCGACUUUCCCAGAUCGCCGUUGCCAUGACAACUCAAAGAAGGUGCCGUAUCUACUCGAUGUGAGGCUUGUUGGCAAAAGUGAUAUUGCUGACAAAGGGGAGGUCAACAAAAGACUUCCAAGGACAAAGAACCUCCUUUCAGUUUUUGGAGGAGGAAGUCGGCCUCAUCGUAGGCUUGCAGAGCAGACGUCUGGCCGCGGCGAAAACACGCUUAGCACGUGAGCGCAACCCUCUGAUCUGAGACUUGCUGGCUGUUAAUAAAGUUUUCUUUGUACAAUC